CUUGGUGUCCGGGACCGGAAUGAAACAGGAACCAUUCGGAGUGACGACGACCCAAAGUCGUUGCCACGGGAACGAAACCGUCGCGUACGAGAUUUCGGAAAACGCAAUUUUGACGAUCAGUACGAGCACUCUGUUCCCCGCUGGCAUUGCUCGCGAUUUCUCCAUUUUGGUCGUGGCCAGGCCUAAACUCGGGUACCCGGCCGCCUCGCUGUUUGCUAUCUACAGCGACAGCGGCGAGGAACAGUUGGUGCUAUCAUUGGGCAAUGACGUCACCCUUUACUACAGCACAAACCCGGACGACGAGGAUAAACCCAUUUCGUUUGGAAUUGAUAUAUCCGACGGAAAGUGGCAUCGUUUAGGAUUCAGCGUCAAAGGCGACGCCGUCACGCUAAUCGUCGACUGCACCAAGCAAGUCACGAAAGAGUUGCGUAGGAACGUCGAGGAAACGAUCAGCGACAGCGGCAUUAUAAUCAUCGGUCAACAGAUCGUCGAAGGAAACGUGUAUUUGGGCGACUUGGAGACGUUGAAGAUCGCUCCGAUUCCGGACGCUGCUUACGAGAUUUGCACGGUUUUCGCGCCAGAUUGUAGGAACCAAACGAGACGCACGUUCGGUCGUGGUGGUUAUACAAACAUGUGGAACAUCGGCGGUACAGUACGCACCACCUCGUCCAGUUAUUAUGAGAAUUCGGCGAGCGUUGGUACCGGACAAACAGUACGGAGUUCCGGUUUCUCUGACAGAGCCCCUUCGACGGGCAGAUCGUAUUACGAAACCAAUCACAGCAAUAUCGAUUUGCCCAGAAGCUACGGUAGAAUAUCUGCCACGGUGUCUGGUUUGAACGCUUCCUUCAACAGUCAGGGUCGAAAUUUUGGAAGAGGAUCGGAAGAAGACUACGAGGAAGGGAACGAAGAUGAAGACGAGGACAACGACGAGUACAAUUCGACUUACAGACCCACGAAUGCAACGUACGCGUCUAGGCCAACCGUGGAAACGUUGCACCAAAAUCACAAUGUUCUUCUUAGCGGCGUUGAUGCUACUGUAUCGGGGGAGUAUCAAACGACGACGGCAGAAACAACUGAAAAUAUUGGGAUUUCGAUUGGGGGAGGCUUAAAGUAUUCAGAGUCUGUCGAAGGAUCGUAUUACAGUCCCGGUUACUAUGGUGCUCGAGGUUCACCAGGUCCACGUGGAUUUCCAGGACCUCCAGGUGUGCCUGGGGCACCAGGUAAGAAAGGAGAACCAGGAAGGGAUGGACUGUCGGGUUUGCAAGGUGCUCCUGGUCCACCGGGUAACGUUUUCAUAAUACCAUCGUUGACCCAACAAAGCAACGAUAAGGGACCAGAUAAUCAGGCGGAAGCUUUGAGGCAAAUGCUUUCGCAACAUAUGAUGGCUAUGAGAGGUGCUGAAGGGCCCAUGGGCAUGACUGGUAUCCCAGGUCCCGAGGGACCGCCCGGAUCGCAAGGACAAAAAGGAGAACCUGGCGAUGUCGGAGAACCUGGUCCUCGCGGUGAAAGGGGAAUUCCUGGUACUACUGGCAGGGAAGGCAGACGAGGUCGACCUGGAAGAGACGGUGACAGAGGUAUAAGUGGACCGCCUGGAAUGAAAGGUGAACAGGGUGGACCUGGACUGCCUGGACUACCAGGAGAUAAAGGUGAAAGGGGACCAACAGGAGCUACCGGAGAACCAGGUUUACCAGGUCACGAAGGGAUGCAAGGUGACGAUGGUUCGCCUGGUUUACCAGGUUUACCCGGUGAAAUGGGACCCAGAGGAUUCAUAGGACCACGAGGUUUUCCUGGAUUGCCGGGUAACCCUGGUAUUCCAGGGAGCGAAGGCCCGCCGGGAGCAAAAGGCAGUACUGGCCCUCAAGGAGCUUCAGGUUCACCAGGACCACCAGGUCCGGCGGGAGCAGUUGGUCCACCUGGUCCUCAAGGUCUUCUAGGGCCAACUGGUUUAGUUGGGCCACAAGGAAAGCCCGGAAUUCCCGGUCUUCCAGGAGCAGACGGGUCGCCUGGUCAUCCAGGAAAUCCAGGAGUCCCUGGAAUGAAAGGUGAACAAGGACCCCAAGGUCCUCAAGGACCAAUAGGAUUCCCUGGAACUCGCGGCGUAAAAGGCGACGAAGGUAAACGUGGAGCAGCUGGCGAACGCGGAGAAAAAGGUGAAAGGGGACUGGAAGGAGAAAAAGGCGACGCAGGCGCGAAGGGAGAAAUUGGAUCGACAGGACCACAAGGAAUUCCUGGCUUGGAAGGUUUCGAAGGUCCCAAGGGUUUCGAAGGUCCACGGGGUGAAACUGGACAAACUGGUCCGCUCGGUGAGAAAGGAAAAAUUGGUUCUCCGGGUUUUAUUGGAUAUCCUGGAAAUAUUGGUGAAAAAGGUGAUAAAGGUCAACCGGGGAGACAAGGCACUAGCGGGGAUAAAGGAGAGAGGGGAAAUAUUGGUACGCAAGGGGAACGCGGUGAACCAGGACCUAGAGGUUUCAGAGGUGCUCGUGGAAGACGAGGUGCUGAAGGGUUACCAGGGCCAAAGGGAGACACAGGACAACCGGGUCCUCCAGGACUUCAAGGAGAAAGUGGUCCACCCGGCGUUGAAGGUCCUCGUGGUUUUGUUGGACCCCCGGGACAAGCUGGUCUUGAUGGGAAAGACGGUAUUCCUGGUCCACCUGGAGAACGUGGACCAGUGGGAGAUUCGGGACCGUUAGGACCACCAGGCGCUUCUGGUGUAAUAGGACCGCAAGGUCCUGCUGGAGAACCUGGUCAACCUGGAGAACCUGGAAGUCCUGGAAACCCUGGAAUUCCUGGUGAAACGGGUCCUCCUGGGGAACAAGGAAAAGAGGGGCCACCAGGACCCUCCGGUUUAUCAGGAAAAGAAGGCCCACCUGGUCCUGGUGGUUUGCCAGGAUUUCCUGGGGAACGAGGACUGAAUGGUCUACCGGGAAUGCCAGGUCCAAAAGGGGAUAUAGGAUCGAUCGGAGCUCAGGGUCCACAAGGCGAUAAAGGUGCUCAAGGAGAACCUGGAAAAGAUGGCGAAACUGGACCUCAAGGAAGUCAAGGGCCGAAAGGGCCACUGGGACCAGCUGGUUUGAAAGGCAACAUGGGUGAGCCUGGAUUGGCAGGACCUAUUGGACGAGACGGUCUACCAGGCCAACGUGGGUUACCAGGAUCUCCGGGUCCUGUUGGAGUUCCAGGGGAAGAUGGCGACAAGGGUGAUAUUGGACCACCUGGUGAGAAAGGAUUUAAGGGGUCUCAAGGAGAAAUGGGUCCUCCAGGACCAUCUGGAAUACAAGGACUUCGAGGCGAACCGGGUGCAAUUGGAUUGCCUGGUGAGAAGGGACCGCCAGGAGAAAUUGGAAGACGGGGACCGAAAGGCGAAGAUGGUCCUGUUGGCGCACCAGGUUCAUCCGGGCCCGUAGGCCCACAAGGAUUACCCGGACCACCUGGAUUAAAAGGAGAAGUCGGUGACGCUGGUAUAAUUGGUCCGGUGGGGCCAGCUGGAAGUCCGGGGGAACAAGGUCCAAGAGGUCCUAAGGGUUCUGAAGGUUUACAAGGUCCUCCCGGGCCUGAAGGACGCCAGGGAGUAAAAGGAGAAAGUGGAACGCCAGGACUUCAGGGUACAAACGGGCCCGAGGGAAAACCAGGUGAAAGAGGACCUCCAGGCCCGAAGGGCGAAGAAGGUAAAAGUGGACCACCAGGACCACCUGGUAAUCGUGGAAUAAAUGGUCCAGAAGGGCCGAAAGGACACGUAGGGCCUCCUGGUUUCCCUGGGCCUCCCGGAGAGCCGGGUUUGGUCGGUCCAAAAGGAGAACCAGGCAAAGACGGAGAUGAUGGCAAGCCUGGAGAUCCUGGAUCUCCAGGGGACGUUGGCCCCCCAGGAAAAGAAGGGUUGCCUGGCCCAUCUGGGAAGCCGGGACCAGAGGGUCUAGCAGGAAUGCAAGGAGGUCCAGGCAUGCCGGGAGAGAAGGGUGAUAUGGGCCCACCGGGAGCACAGGGCAUUCAAGGCCGCAGUGGGCCUCAAGGUGUACCAGGACCACCAGGCUUAUCGGGUCUCAGAGGUCUUCCAGGACUUGCAGGUGAAAAUGGCCCGCCUGGAAUGUCAGGAGCAGUUGGUAAUCCUGGAAAAGUUGGACCCGUUGGACCGAAGGGCCCAAAGGGUGACAGGGGUAGAAGGGGACUCAAAGGACAUCGCGGCGAACUGGGCUAUCUGGGAAUCAAAGGCGAACAGGGCGAAAAGGGAGAGCAAGGAACGCGAGGUGAUUCUGGUCGCGAGGGUCCGAAAGGUGAUCAGGGGCCUUACGGGUUACCUGGACCUAAAGGAAACGAUGGACCUCCGGGACUUCCUGGAAUGGAAGGACCACUUGGGCUUAGAGGUAGUGCUGGAAACGAUGGGCCAAAGGGUGAAAUGGGUCCUCCGGGCCCGCCUGGGCCUCCUGGUCCACCAGCCGAGCAACCGAUGAUCCCUCCAGAAUUAUUAUUCACGAGAGAACAACUUUUGAGACGGAAACGCGACGGUUCGGAAGACGCAGAAAAGGAAGAGAAACAGGACAAGGACUCGGAGAAUUUAGACCAAGACGACCGCAUUGAAGAGGAGUUGGGGCCCAAAUUCUUGGACAUGUAUAGUUCAAUAUACGCUAUGAGGCAAGAAUUGGAUCGAAUACGUAAACCGAUCGGGAGCAGAGAAAAUCCUGUAAGAACCUGCAAGGAUCUGUUUUAUGGACAUCCGCGUUUUAACGAUGGUUGGUACUGGAUCGAUCCAAACUUAGGAAUGGCUGACGACGCUGUGUACGUUUAUUGCAAUAUGACAAAUAUGGGCGAAACAUGCGUGUAUCCCGACAUUCACGUAAGUGAAAUGCCAAAUAUACCAUGGAGGAAGGAAGACAACAAAACGGAUUGGUAUUCGAAUUUGCGAGGUGGAUUCAAAAUUACAUACGAAGCUAUUGGCGUGGUGCAAUUAAAUUUUCUGCGUCUGUUGAGUCAAGAAGGUUAUCAGAAUUUUACUUACACCUGUAUCAACAGCGCGGCCUGGUACAACAUUAUGAAUUAUAAUUACAAUUACUCGAUACGAUUGCUCGGUACGAACGAAGACGAGUUUUCAUACGUCGGUGUUAAGCCACAAAUCUUAGCAGACGGUUGCAGGACGCGUAAGAACAAAGGCGAGACCGUGUUCUUGGUUCGUACUACGAAAUUAGAGCAAUUGCCGUUGGUCGAUUUCUAUCCAGUCGAUUAUGGUUCACCGCAUCAGGCGUUCGGUUUCACAUUUGGGCCGAUUUGCUUCAAAUAGAUCGAAUUAUCGAACUCUCAUUGGCAAGACUGAAUUUCAAUUGUACAUUAUUGUCUUCCAUUAACUUUCUUCUACCACGACGAUAUCGAGAUUAAUAAUAUGAAAAUUAUUAAUCGAUUAAAUUUAUUGUUAUGUAUGUAGCGUGUUUACUAACCGCAAAUGAAAACGUGCCGUUCGGAACUUAAGUAGAAUGUAAGACGUGCAAUGUGAGGUAAAACGCUGUUAUUUAUGUAGAAUACACUGUUAAUAUUGGAAUCGGUUUCACUGCCAUUAGUAUGUGAUGAGUAUUGAUAUUCUGUA